GCACAGGCUCUCUUCCUUCAGGAUCCUUUGGGGCGCGUCUGGGAUCGGAUGCCAGCCGACCUGGAGACUGUGGGGUGGUUGCAGCUUCAGGUCGACCACACCCGCCUGCCUGCGGAUCCACUGCUCAGGGGUGCACCUCCGGAUAACCCUUUCGCGGCACAGGACACCACUUCCACUACUACCGAGAUGUUGCCGCUCGUGUCCCAGGGAUCGCAGGUUAUCUUCGUGCUGACGGGCUGUGGAGCUACUGUGCGUUCUCAGCCGCAGAGCAUUGCCACGGUGAAUGUGCAGCAAAAUGUGCAGGAGCUGGUGCAGGCUCACGUACUGCAAGGCACGAUUCCGCCAGGAGCCAGGUUACAGCUUGUCUCUGCCUGCCCCAUGUCGCGCAUCGCCGGGGUCACCAUU